UGUAGUUCUAAUUUUGAUUAAUAUUUUGUUUGUUUGGUCCAGAGAUAAUAUUUUUAUCCGUGCUGCAAAGAAAUAUAAACAGUGGUUCGGGGAAAUAAAAUAUAAUGGCAAAUAUGUAAAUUCAGUAAUAAAAGAGAAACUUGGUGAUACAAAACUGAAUCAAACUCUCACAGAUAUUGUCAUCACCACAGACCCCAUCACAUUCUCAACCAAUCAGGUGGAGGAUAAGGAUGUUUCACUCUCGGACAUCUGCAUUGGAAGUUUAGCUUUUCCGACUUAUUUGCCUCCGCAUUCCUUCGUAACUAAAGAUUCCGACGGUAAUUCCAAACAAUUCGACCUCAUUGGCAGUCCAGUCGACAACCCGGUAAAUAUAUAUCUCUAUCUUACACUUUUCGGUCAAAAAAUAAACAAAAUUCAAUAACAAAUACUAAUUAUUUUUCCGGGAUUUUUUUUUUUGCAGAUAUUAGCUGCAAUGAUGCAAAUACGAAAGGAGAAGCGUAACUUUUCCCCGAUCUUUUUGUCGGUGGGAAGUUGUUUACCUAAAUAUAACAUCAAGAAAGCAAGAAAAUGGUUUCUUUACAAAUGCACACUAAUGAAUGGUUCAUCGACCGUUUGGCGUACAAUCGGUCGACUUGCGUCGUUACUCACUGAUUACGACAGUCUAUUUUAUCUCCAAGACGCUCACGGUGGAGAAGAAUAUCUUCAACGCUUUCUCUCUCAAGAUAAUGAUCUACGAAUUCAGGACGAUUCUUUAACCGGGGCAACGCGUUCAAUGGACGUUGCGACGAAGAAGAAUUUGAAGAAUUUAGUGAAAGUCGGAGAAAAUUUGUUGAAGAACCGAGUAUCGAGGCUAGAUUCGGAAAGUAGAAAUUUUGUGCCGAUUAGCGAGGAAACGAACGAGGAAGCACUGUUUAAACUAGCAGCAGAGCUUUCGAGUGAGAAGCGAAUUCGAGAUUCGGAUUUUCUUACGAAAGCAACAAUAUAAUACAUAGGCAUGGAUACAAAUUAACUGUGGGGAAAUAUUAUUUUUAUUAUUUAAGUACAUAAUUAUUAUAGGAAUUUAUUGAUCUUAUUAUAUAUUGUUUUUUCUCUUGCUAGAAUAAUAUUGUCAGUUGUCACAAUUCAAACAUGAUAUACUAUUUCUAAGUAAUUAUAUCAA